AUGCGUACUGGUGCAAGUCUGCGUCUCCUAUUUGCCACCAUUCUUCUCCACUGCGAGCCUGCACACCCUGGGGACCUGUGGGCUUCCUUCUGUGAGCAGAUCUGUGAUGAUCUCCCACGCCGCCUACAGCGCAUGAACUUCCCAAAUCCAUCUAUCGAAGAUGCCUGCGAUUACGGUCUCUAC